AACGGGUUGGCCGGCGGUCGGCUCAGUUACCUCUCAACGUUCCACGAUGAUGCACAACAGAUCCAUGUGGCUGGUGACCGCCGUGAUGAUGGCGCUCCUGCUUCCAGAGACACUGCUGCCCACCGCAAACGCGGUAAGCGAGCCCGUUUGCUCUUACCGUAACUCGGAGGAUGAGACCAUCUUCCUUAAGUACCUGCCACUUUUGAGACGCGGUCAGGACUAUGUGGACUUUGGCAAGGACGGCAAGUGCCUCAAGCGGGCCAUCUGCACAGACACUUUCAAGACCAUCGUGGAGGAAUGUGGGCAGCAGAAGAUCACUUGCGCCAACAAGGAUCGCUUUACAGGCGUUUUCCCAGGCUGCUGCCUCAAGUGUUCUUAAAUAGAAGUUCUGCUACAAAGAUUUUCCAAAAAAACAGUUAAGGAAAAUGAAAAAUACUAUCUUUGCUAAAUGUAUGUUAUGCCAUUGUCAUUUUGAAUAAACUAACUAACUAACUUUCCAAAAA